AUGACGGAUCGGGCCAAGCGCAAGUCAGAUGCAAAAAUACAUACCAGGUCUCUUCUUCGGUCAGCACCUUUAGGAUUAUCUUUGGCAGAACUCAGGAGAGACUAUGUUGAUUACAUAGGCACACAUCUACCAAGCAGAGACUUAGGAUACAAUAAUGAUGAAGAAUUCCUA